AUGAAUGGUAUAAAUAUAAUCCCCAAAAUUCCAACUGUUCCAAAGCUCUUGGCAAUUGUAAGGUACUUUUCGGAUCGAAAAAGGAAAAUUAUGAACGGUACAGAAUAUAUUAGGAGAAAAACUGGAUAUGGAGGGAGAAUAAGAAGAAAUCGACAAGCCCCAGCUUAUAAAAGAUAA